AUGCCCACAGUUGGUUCCAGUGGUGCGUUCCAUGUCAAAAAUAAUGGCACUAUUACAUCCUCCAAAGGAAAAUACUCCCCCAGUCGUGAUCCGGUGGAACCGCCUCCGCCAAUAAUUGAGUCGUCCUUGUACUCAAUUGUGUCGGACUAUGAGAACCGGGUGUAUUUCAAUUGUAUAAUGAGUAUGUAG